AUGGAAUUCCCGGUUAUCAUAUUACAAAAUGGAGUGUUGUUUCCGGAGGGAACGAUGAAGAUACCGGUCCGGAACAAAUCGAGUAUUGCAUUGCUUGAUAGAUACGUCGUAAAUAACUCUGUGUCCAGAGGGCGUACUCUGAUUUUAAUCGGCUACCGUAACCCCGACGACGUGAAUAUCCACUCAAUUGGAACAUUGGCAUUGGUGGAGCAAGUUACAGGAUGGCAGUACAAUUCGCAAACGCAAUAUUCACUACAUGUGCUAGGAAUUGCUAGGGCGCGAUUAGAGAAUUGCACUCCACCCACCAGCCAAGCCCAUCCUUUAUCGGAUAUUCACGGCAACCUUGAUGAUAAGCUGGAAUCGGAUUUUUACGAAAACCUAAGAAAAUUUCAUCGCUUUCUUCUGUCCGAGAACACCGAGGCCGCCUAUCGACUUCAAAAGCUUCUUAGAGACCGGCGCAUGGACGCCAUUACUGACAUGAUUGCUCCCCACAUCAAGGGAAUGAAACAGGAAAUAAUGCUGAAGUUGCUCUCAACUCUCGAGGUACCCGAAAGGGUUACGAUCCUCAAUGAAGAGCUGAAUAAGAUGUUCCAGGACAUUCCAAUCGGCUUAAAAACGAAUGACCUGGUCCCGAUUCGUGGAAUCAAGCGGAUCGUCCCCAAUAUCAAGCCCGAUAGCCGCCUGCAGAAAAACAGCGAUGAUCUGGAGCAGAAGCUAGAGUCAGCGCAGCUCCCUGAACUAGUCAAAGACCGUGUUUUUCAAGAUUUAGAUAAACUAAAGAAAAUGGGAAACUUUGGAGGGAACGAAGCUUCAAUGCUGCGGGGUUAUUUAGAAUUUGUCGCUUCGCUACCCUGGAAUGUGACGACUUCGGAUGACAUGGAUCUAUCUAAGGCUCGCGCUUACCUGAAUUCGUCCCAUGAUGGCAUGAAAACACUAAAAAUACGUGUAUUGGAAUAUCUCGCUGUCAGAAAACUUAGCUCAGACCUUAGCGGACCGGUUCUCUGCUUUUCGGGCCCACCGGGCAUUGGGAAAACCAGCGUUGCAAAGGCUAUUGCUGGAGCGCUUGGCAGAAAAUUUGAAAGAAUAUCAUUGGGGGGCACUCGCGAUGAAGCAGAUAUUAGAGGGCAUAGACGGACCUAUGUCGGUGCAAUGCAUGGAAGGAUACUCCAGGCCGUUCGUCACGCAGGCACAAAGAAUCCGGUAAUAUUAUUAGAUGAAGUGGACAAACUGUACUCCGGGGCACAAGGCAGCCCAGCCGCUGCUCUGCUUGAAGUCCUUGAUCCCGAACAGAAUUCUGCCUUCACGGACCACUUUUUAAACCUGCCGUUUGACCUUUCAAAUGUCAUCUUCAUUGCGACGGCAAAUGAUACCUCAAAGAUUGAUCGACCAUUGCUGGAUCGAAUGGAAUUGGUCGAAAUGACUGGUUAUUCAAAUGCUGAAAAAGUUCGGAUCGCCGAAAAUCACGUGAUCCCCAGGCAACUCCCCAAGCAUGGUCUAUCUUCAGAUUGUCUGCAGUUUCCAACUGCAGCCCUAGAAUACUUGGCGGAUGCAUACACUCAAGAGGCUGGGGUUCGUCAGCUGGAACGAUGCGUAGCAGCAAUUUGCCGCCACGCAGCACUACGUGUCGCUGAAGCCAUGAAUUCUGACUGUACUUCGGAUGUAAUUGAAGACUUGGAACUUCCUGUGAUUGCCGAUGCCGCCCUAAUUGAGAAAGUCCUCGGGCGGCCCAAAUAUUCCAGAUAUGAUUUGGUUUCAAAGAUGAAGGCAUUCCGCCCGGGAGUCUGUUUCGGGAUGUCAUGGACCCCAUCUGGUGGCGAGUUAAUGCUUAUUGAGACAAGUGCUAUUCGAGGAAAAGGCGAAGUGGUGAUGACCGGAAAACUUGGGAAUGUUUUGAAAGAGAGUGUUCGUGUCGCAAAAACAUGGCUCCGCGCGAAUGCCGAGAGCGAUAUCGAUAUCCAUGUGCAUCUACCGGCCGGAGCUAUUUCAAAGGACGGUCCAUCUGCCGGCUGUGCCAUCAUUCUGGCUCUUUAUUCUCUUCUCGCGCAAACAAAUGUGGGCGGGAUUAAAGAAAAAGUCAUCGGAAUACAUCGGGCUGGAUUGCGCAGAGUGACCCUACCGGAUUCAAAUCGUGUCGAUUACGAGGAGAUCGAUGACUCGAUUCGAAAUGAAAUGGAAGUGGAUUUUGUCGAGACAAUCGACGAAUUACUGGAAGCGAUGAUUGCGAAGAGCUACAUUAGGUGGCUCGCUGGCUCUGCGUUCCGCUACGGUGGACAGGUAGUGACGCUGGAGGACUAUAACGGAAAGCUGGGCGGCGCCAACAACUUUGGCGGCGCCCCUGACGGUGGUGAUGUUCCUCCCCACGUCCCUCCUUCCACAUAUUACAGUCAGCUGCAUCGUCUACCUCCGCAGUUGACCCAACAACGAACGACCAGUGCAGCGGUGGAGACUCCGAAAAGAUUUUCCGGUGCUUUAUACUGCACAGUCGGAGUUCGGGUGUACUAUCUGAAGUUCGAGCGCUUCCGCGCAAUCUGCAAAUUUAUCAUCGGAUGCAGUUCGUCCUCUUCUGGCUGCUCAUCCACUAAUUGCUGUGACUUGCUGGAUCUUGCUGCAGCCGCCCAGCAGCAAGCCGCCUUCUUCGCCCAACAACGCCAGUUUCAAGCAGCUGCCGCCGGUGUGGUGCCAGUGUCUGCGGUCCUAUCAGCGGCAGAAUUAGUCCAACUGGCGCAGGCAGGUUGCGGAGCCGGACACGCACUGCUGCCCCAUUCGUCCCACCCUCACCGUUCCACCACGGGGCUCACAGGUGAUAUGGCAGCGGUGUCUAUGCCGCACCAUCCAGGAGUAUCUGGAGGUCCCCCAAUGCCUAUGAAAUCCCAAAAAAACGCUACAGCCGUCCAAAUGAUUCAACAAAACCCCCAGGCUUCCGCUUCACAAUUCUCGAAUGCCAUUCUCACUGCAGCCCAGCCUUUUUAUAAUCAGCCAGUGGCCGUGGCUCAACCGGUCGAAGCGGAUCGCCCAAUUGGCUAUGGAGCUUUUGGCGUUGUUUGGGCCGUGACCGAUCCGCGUACCAACCGUCGCUUAGCUCUCAAGAAGAUGCCCAAUGUCUUCCAAAAUCUUGCCUCGUGCAAGCGGGUUUUCCGCGAGAUUAAAAUGCUUUCCACCUUCAAGCAUGACAACGUUCUGUCCAUGUGUGAUAUUCUACAGCCAGCCCAGCGCGAGUUCUUUCAAGAGCUAUACGUCCUCACCGAGUUGAUGCAAAGCGAUCUACAUAAGAUUAUUGUUUCUCCUCAACCGCUGACCACCGAUCAUGUCAAAGUUUUCGUCUACCAGAUCCUGAGAGGGCUCAAAUAUCUCCAUUCGGCAAACAUCUUGCAUCGCGAUAUCAAGCCUGGGAACCUCCUAGUCAACUCGAACUGCAUCCUGAAGAUCUGUGAUUUUGGCCUUGCCCGCAUUUGGGAUUCCCGGGAGCGACAGAAUAUGACGCACGAGGUGGUAACUCAAUACUAUCGAGCUCCGGAGCUGUUAAUGGGGGCUCGCCGCUACACUGGGGCUAUUGACGUAUGGUCCGUUGGAUGCAUUUUCGCCGAAUUGCUCCAGAGGAGAAUUCUAUUCCAAGCUCACGGGCCUAUCGAACAGUUGACGCUUAUCAUUGAUUUGUUGGGGACACCUUCACUGGAUGAGAUGCGGUAUGCAUGCGAUUCGGCGCGAAACCACGUGAUGCGUCUCCCCCAACGGAGUUCUCAACAUAUUCCGCGGUUCUACAGCCUCAACGCUGGGAUGACCGACGAUGCCGUCGAGCUGUUGCACCACAUGCUCGUAUUCGACCCAGAUCAGCGAAUGACCGUUGAUGAGGCGCUGAACCAUCGAUAUCUUGAAGAGGGACGAUUACGUUUCCAUUCCUGCAUGUGCACCUGCUGUUAUACCGACCCGCAAGGUCGUCGGAUCCAGACGCCCGUUCCGGAUCCGUUUGUCACCAGUCGGCCACCACUUGGUGACAUCCCGUUGUGCAUCAACCCACACUCAGCCGCAUACAGGAAUUUCACCAAUUCGCAAGUGGCGCAAGCAUCCGAGCUUCCCCCCGAGCCGGCAAACUGGGAG